CGCUGGGAAGGUCGAGUGGUUCAGGGGGACAGGGCCAGGCCGGGAGUUAAUCUUCAGUUUCAGAGGAGACCCUCACUCCCCUCGAGUAACAAAUGUUUCAGACGUCACAAGGAGAAACAACAUGGACUUUUCCAUCCGCAUCAGUAACAUCACCCCAGAAGACACGGGAACCUACUACUGUGUGAAGUUCCAGAAAGGGAACCCCGAUGUGGAGUUUAAGUCUGGACCAGGCACCCAGGUCACCGUGAGCGCCAAACCCUCUCCCCCCGUGGUGUCGGGCCCCACGGCCAGGGCCACACCUGAGCAGACUGUGAGCUUCACCUGCGAGUCCCACGGCUUCUCCCCCAGAAACGUCACCCUGAAAUGGUUCAAAAACGGGAAGGAGCUGGCAGCCUCCCAGACCACCGUGGACCCAGAGGGAGACAGCGCUUCCUACAGCAUCUCCAGCACAACCACGCUGCCGCUGGCCCCGGGGGAUGUUCGCUCCCAGGUCACCUGCGAGGUGGCCCACGUGACCCUGCAGGGGGGCCCUCCUCUUCGUGGGACUGCCAACUUGUCCGAGACCCUCCGAGUUCCACCCACCUUGGAGGUUGCCCAGCAACCCGUGACAGGGGACCAGGUGAAGGUCAUUUGCCAAGUGAAGAAGUUCUACCCCCAGCGCCUACAGCUGACCUGGUUGGAGAACGGAAACGUGUCCCGAACAGAAACGGCCUCGACGGCCUCGAACCUCAUAGAGAACAAGGAUGGGACCUUUAACUGGAUGAGCUGGCUCCUGGUGAAUUUAUCUACCCACACAGAGGACGUGGUGCUCACCUGCCAGGUGCAGCAUGAUGGGCAGCAGGCAGUCACCAAAAGGCAUAUACUCAAGACCUCUGGCUACACCAAGGACCAGUGCACAGAUGGAAACUCGGAUCGAGAACUGUCCACUGCACUCCUGGUGGCUCUCUCCUUGGGCCCCAAGCUGCUGCUGCUCGUCUCUGUCUCUGCCAUCUAUGUCCACAGGAAGCAACGGAUUGACUGGUGACCCAGGAGGAAAAUA